GAGUGAGUCCUUUGGGAAAACUUUCCUAGCGGGUAAAUUAUCCUUAGCAUCUACGUCUGGUGAUUUUGCGUAUUAUUCGAAAUUGUCACUUGCAAGGAAAGUUUUGAUUUGAAAUAGGUGAAUUAUUGAGAACGACAAUAGUUAUUGUAUCUACAAAUUGCUAUUGUGGAACUCGUUUUGUGAUUUUCUGCCCACGUUUGUGUAAUUAACUGCACAUAAACUUGUAAACGAUUGAGAGGAUAAAAUCCAUCUGUAUCAUUAAUAGAUCAAUCUAUCGGGAUUUCUUCAAUUUUGUUUUCCUUUUAAUAGGACUCUUGUGCAUCUUUUUUGCUCGGAAUGGAACAAGGUGUUAAUAAAACUGUUUCAACUUUACGCGCCUUAAAUCGUUAACAAUGGAAUUUAUAUGGACUGAAUAUCGGGGAGAUAAUUAAUGUCUUGGAACAAGAUUGCGGUUUUAUUUCUGCCUGCUGAAGAUUAGGCAUUUUAAUUAGAGCAGUUAGAAAGGGUCGAAACCUUCGUUGAACCGGCGAGACGGUUGCUCUCUUAAUGACAAAGUUUAGUCUUCUCCGAGAGAAUUGAAAGCCUUUAUAAUAGAGAGAAGUGUUUUAUAUUUCGUUAAUUUCACCUGUACGCUUGAUCAGAUAAUAAUUUCUUUAGUGAAUUGCCGCUAAUGAUUUUAUAAUGCAGCGUGUUUCUGGAGUUUUUUUGGAAAGAAGUGAUAACCGUUUAACAGACUUGUAAUCAUUUCGUUUGCUUGCAUCACGAGAGGAGAGAACGUGCCAUGAUUUUAUUUAAUUCCUUCCUUCAUCUGAAAUAACCCCGUUACAAGACAUUGUUGUUAUUCCAAUAAACAACAUGUCGAUGCUGACGCGGAAGACGACGCUAUCUCGUAAAGCUAGAGCAGCCAGAUCAAGUGCGAAAUCUCGACAAACAGCAGCAGCUGUCCUGUCUAAAGUGACAAGUCCCGUUCACUCUGUAGAUGGUGCUGCGGCUACGGUUAUCAGUGCUGUUCACAUUGAAGCUAGUGUAAAAAUAUCUGCGCCGCAGGUAAAAGGUGACACUGUGUCGAAGCCAUCCGUCUCUCUUGAGCCAAAACCAGCUGUGAAGAAUACAUCGCCAUUAGAAAAACAGUUUUACGAUAGUACAGUAAUAUGGCCUGGAGUUGAGGAAUGUGAACAGCAUUAUUCUUUAAUGAACUCUGUUUGUGAAGCCGGCGUCGAAUCUUCAGGAAUCUGUGAAUUUUUAUAUCGUGCCUUUACCAUCAUUAGCACAACGUGGCCAGUAACUGUAUUACUGAUUGUACUGUUAGCCUUACCCCUUGUCAUGACAGCCAUAGGUGUUAAUUACCUCCGUGAUUGUCCCAAGGAGCCUAAAUUACCCAUAUAUCAAGUCGUUGGUGGUGUGUUCGGUAUAAUAAAAGUUUUAUUUUUAUUGUGGAAACAGGUGAAGAAACAUAAAGACGAUGUGGGAGAAAUUCAUGAUGAGGACGAUUUGAGCACUAUGAUUCGAAUGACUAACGUAGCAUUAAACAUUUUCUUGACGAUUUGGUUCGCUUUUGGACAUUACUGGUUGUUUAGUAUUUGGAAACCGCAAUUCCAGGCGCCAUUACACGAGCCCCGGAACUGGUGCGAUCAGACUGUUUUCUUAUUCACAUUUUGGCAAAUUGUUAUUUGUCACGCUAUGAUUGCUUGUUUAUUGGUGCUUGUUAUUAUAUUAUUUUAUUGUUACUGUUGUGUUAAAUGUGUAUUGGAUGAAAAUAAAAGCUGAUAUAUAUA